GGCCAUUUCGAGGCCACCAAGCAGCACCCGUGACAUUGACCCUUCCUUUUUCGUGGGCCCUGGCUGCACGAACAUGUGCGGGCUGCCGUGGACACUGGGCUAAACUUACAACGAGCCUACCCACUUGUCGACCGCCUGAGCCGCCACAAGCAUAUGAGUCUUAGUAGAGGAGCCAACCUUUCGCUUGAAGAAGGUGGACCGGGGCCCGUCGACAUUGGAGCGUCUUACUCUGGGGCGAAGAUAAGAACAGCAGAGCCAGCCACUUGGAGAGCAGCCAGCCCAGCCCAGCCCAGCCCGCGCUUCCAUCCUACACUCGCGAUCCGUCCCGAUCGAAUCGACCGACAUACAGCCAGACGGGCAGACCCUCUCGUUCAGCCACUGUCCCAGCGCCGUUCGGCCCCACUCAGCCAGGCGGCCAUCGAGCUUCGACCGGCCACGUUCGCUCCAGUCCCCGCCAUCAGCCGGCGGCGACGUUUAGUUUGCGUCGCGAAUUAUGGUCGGGGUCUUGUGUCACGAGCGUCCCCCCACCAAUUGAACUUGCAUUUAAUAUCCUCCAGACGGGCCAGCAACAGCUCGGGAUUCCGCUCUCAGUCCACCCCUCCUUUGCGGGUCAGCCAACACUGGUGUCUAGUUUGCGGCUCUGCGUAGGCAGAAGGCCAAGCCCCUUAAGAAGAAUAACUAGUCUGCAAUAGCUUCUCCUGACGGCCCUACGUCUGUGUCUGGGCGUUUCGGUGCUCGUCAAACAUUUUACUAGUUGGACGUGCUUGGCCCGUAACCGUCCGCCGCCGUUUCUACCCGUGUCUGAUGUCGCUUCUCUGCCCAAGCCGUCCCCGUUCCAAUCCCACAUCUUUCUGC